AUGGAACCUCUCAUUAACCCCACCAUUCAGGAAACCUGUGAAGCCCUGUCCAUCAAAGGUUGCCUAACAACAGGCCUGCUGGAAUACAGAGUGCCCCUUGGACGCCACUGUGCAGACGUGGAUGAGUGUGUGGAAGGGACUGACCAUUGCCACAUCGAUGCCAUCUGCCAGAACACUCCAAGGUCAUACAAGUGCAUCUGCAAGUCUGGCUACACGGGGGACGGCAAACAUUGCAAAGACGUGGAUGAGUGUGAACGGGAGGACAAUGCAGGCUGUGUACACGACUGUGUCAAUAUCCCUGGCAAUUACCGGUGUACCUGCUAUGACGGCUUCCAUCUGGCGCAUGAUGGACACAACUGUCUGGACGUAGAUGAGUGUUCUGAAGGCAAUGGCGGCUGUCAGCAGAGCUGCGUCAACAUGAUGGGCAGCUAUGAAUGCCACUGCCGAGAAGGCUUCUUCCUCAGCGACAACCAGCACACCUGUAUCCAGCGGCCAGAAGAAGGGAUGAACUGCAUGAACAGGAACCAUGGCUGUGCCCACAUCUGCCGGGAGACGCCCAAGGGGGGCAUUGCCUGUGAAUGUCGCCCCGGCUUCGAGCUCACCAAGAACCAACGGGACUGUAAAUUGACCUGUAACUACGGUAAUGGCGGCUGUCAGCACACGUGUGACGACACAGAGCAGGGCCCCCGGUGCGGCUGCCAUGUCAAGUUUGUGCUCCACAGUGACGGGAAGACAUGCAUCGAGACCUGUGCCGUCAACAACGGAGGCUGCGACAGUAAGUGCCACGAUGCUGCGACGGGCGCCCACUGCAGCUGUCCUGUGGGGUUCAUGUUGCAGCCAGACAGAAAGACCUGCAAAGACAUAGACGAGUGCCGUUUGAACAACGGGGGCUGCGACCACAUCUGCAGAAACACAGUGGGCAGCUUUGAGUGCAGCUGCAAGAAAGGCUACAAGCUCCUCAUCAACGAAAGGAGCUGCCAGGAUAUAGAUGAAUGCUCCUUUGAUAGAACUUGUGACCACAUGUGUGUCAACACACCAGGAAGUUUCCAGUGUCUCUGUCAUCGAGGCUACCUACUAUACGGUGUCACCCACUGCGGGGAUGUGGACGAAUGCAGCAUCAAUAAGGGAGGCUGCCGCUUUGGCUGCAUCAACACCCCCGGCAGCUAUCAGUGUACCUGCCCAGCCGGUCAGGGCCGCCUGCACUGGAACGGGAAGGAUUGCACAGAGCCAGUGAAAUGUCAGAACAGUCCUGGGGCCUCAAAAGCCAUGCUCAGCUGCAAUCGGUCUGGCAAGAAGGACACUUGUGCCCUGACCUGCCCCUCUCGGGCCCGAUUUUUGCCAGAGUCAGAGAACGGUUUCACGGUGAGCUGUGGGACCCCCAGCCCUAAAGCCGCUCCAGCCCGAGCUGUCCACCCUGGGAAUAAUGCCACCUACAACCACUGCCACGAGGCUGCAGUGCUCCCGGUCAAGCAGAGGGCCUCCUUCAAGAUCAAGGACGCCAAAUGCCGGCUGCAUCUGCGAAACAGAGGCAAAGUGGAGGAAGGCAGCAGAGUCCCAGGCCCAGGUGGUGCCCCCUGCUCUGACUGCCAGGUCACCUUCAUCCACCUUAAGUGUGACUCUUCUCGGAAAGGCAAGGGCCGACGGGCCCGGACCCCUCCAGGCAAGGAGGUUACCCGGCUCACCCUGGAAUUAGAAGCUGAGGUCAGAGCCGAAGAAACGACAGCUGGCUGUGGGCUGCCUUGCCUCCGACAGCGGAUGGAGCGGAGACUGAAAGGCUCCCUGAAGAUGCUCAGAAAGUCCAUCAACCAGGACCGGUUCCUGCUGCGGCUCGCAGGCCUUGACUACGAGCUAGCCCACAAGCCGGGCCUGGUAGCUGGGGACCGAGCAGAGCCAGUGGAGGUCUGCCGGCCCGGGCAGCACCGAGCAGGCACCAAGUGUGUCAGCUGCCCGCAGGGAACGUAUUACCACGGCCAGACGGAGCAGUGUGUGCCAUGCCCAGCGGGCACCUUCCAGGAGAGGGAAGGGCAGCUCUCCUGCGACCUUUGCCCUGGGAGUGAUGCCCACGGGCCUCUCGGAGCCACCAACGUCACCACAUGUGCAGGUCAGUGCCCGCCUGGCCACCAUUCAGUAGACGGGUUUAAGCCCUGCCAGCCAUGCCCACGUGGCACCUACCAGCCUGAAGCGGGACGGACCCUGUGCUUCCCCUGUGGUGGAGGCCUCACUACCAAGCAUGAGGGGGCAGUCUCUUUCCAGGACUGCGACACCAAAGUCCAGUGCUCCCCGGGCCACUAUUACAACACUAGCAUUCAUCGCUGUAUCCGCUGUGCCGUGGGCUCCUACCAGCCGGACUUCCGGCAGAACUUCUGUACCCGCUGCCCAGGAAAUACAAGCACUGACUUUGAUGGUUCUACCAGUGUGGCCCAGUGCAAGAACCGGCAGUGUGGUGGGGAGCUAGGCGAAUUUACUGGCUACAUCGAGUCUCCCAACUACCCGGGCAACUACCCAGCCGGCGUGGAGUGCAUCUGGAACAUCAACCCCCCACCCAAGCGCAAGAUCCUUAUCGUGGUCCCCGAGAUCUUCCUACCAUCCGAGGACGAGUGUGGGGACGUCCUGGUCAUGAGAAAGAACUCCUCCCCGUCCUCCAUCACCACUUACGAGACCUGCCAGACCUAUGAGCGGCCCAUUGCCUUCACGGCCCGGUCCAGGAAACUCUGGAUCAACUUCAAGACCAGUGAGGCCAACAGCGCCCGUGGCUUCCAGAUUCCCUACGUGACCUACGAUGAGGACUACGAGCAACUAGUGGAAGACAUAGUUCGGGACGGCCGGCUCUAUGCCUCUGAAAACCACCAGGAGAUCCUAAAGGACAAGAAGCUUAUCAAGGCCUUCUUUGAGGUGCUGGCCCACCCCCAAAACUACUUCAAGUACACGGAGAAACACAAGGAGAUGCUGCCAAAGUCCUUCAUCAAGCUGCUGCGCUCCAAGGUCUCCAGCUUCCUGAGGCCUUACAAAUAGUGCCCGUGGCCCAGAGACCCAGGUUUUGGAGCUCCCACCUCCCUGGCCCUCCUCAGAGCUGGUACCCCAACCUCAGCCGAGAAACUGCCCUCUCCUGGCGGAGAAGCGUCACUACACCAGGCACUCUCCCCUUCUGUCUUUCAAGUUAGCAUGCCUUCUCUCAGCCU